UUAUGGAAGACCUUGGGUUAUGGAGCAGAGGAAAGAACUUUUUAGAAGACUUCAGAAGUGGGGACUAAAUACGUACCUCUAUGCUCCAAAGGAUGACUACAAGCACAGGAUGUUCUGGCGAGAAAUGUACUCUGUGGAGGAAGCAGAACAGCUAAUGACUCUAAUAUCAGCUGCACGAGAACAUGAAAUAGAGUUCAUCUAUGCAAUUUCACCUGGACUUGACAUCACUUUCUCCAAUCCUAAAGAGGUAUCCACGUUGAAACGCAAGCUGGACCAGGUUUCCCAGUUUGGCUGCAGAUCUUUUGCACUGCUGUUUGAUGAUAUCGAUCACAAUAUGUGUGCAGCAGACAAAGAAGUUUUCAGUUCCUUUGCUCAUGCUCAGGUCUCGAUCACAAAUGAAAUUUAUCAAUAUCUAGGAGAACCAGACACAUUCCUUUUCUGUCCUACAGAGUACUGUGGAACUUUCUGUUAUCCAAAUGUUGCCCAGUCACCCUAUUUACGGACUGUAGGAGAAAAGCUGCUCCCUGGCAUUGAGGUGUUAUGGACAGGUCCAAAAGUUGUAUCCAAAGACAUUCCAGUAGAGUCCAUUGAAGAAGUUUCCAAGAUCAUCAGGAGAGCACCGGUUAUCUGGGAUAACAUUCAUGCUAAUGAUUAUGAUCAAAAGAGACUUUUUCUUGGGCCUUACAAAGGUCGGUCAACUGAGCUCAUCCCUCGACUAAAGGGAGUUCUGACCAAUCCAAACUGCGAAUUUGAAGCCAAUUAUGUUGCUAUUCACACACUUGCAACUUGGUACAAGUCUAACAUGAAUGGAGUGAGGAAAGAUGUGGUGAUGACUGAUACUGAAGACAGUACAGUUUCUAUCCAGAUUAAAUUGGAAAAUGAGGGGAGUGAUGAAGAUAUUGAAACGGAUGUUCUCUACAGCCCACAAAUGGCCCUGAAGCUGGCCUUAACAGAAUGGUUGCAGGAAUUUGGGGUACCUCAGCAAUACAGCAGUAGGCAAGUGGCCCACAGUGGUGCUAAAACUACUGUAGGGGAUGUAGGGCCUCUGGUGGCAUCAUCCUCUUUAAAUGCAGCAACUGUGGUUACCACAGUUUACCAGGAACCCAUCAUGAGUCAGGGGACAGCGCUGAGCAGUGAGUCACCGGCCUUGGUAAAGGAGGAAGAGAAGAAGCAAUCUGAUGAGGAACCAAUGGACAUGGUGGUGGAAAAACAAGAUGAUGCAGACAAGAAUGCUAAUCAGAUACUGACAGAUAUUGCUGAAGCCAAGAUGGCAGAGGAGUUGAAGCCAAUGGAUACCGAUAAGGAGAGCAUAGCUGAAUCAAAGUCCCCAGAGAUGUCUAUGCAGGAAGACUCUGGUAGUGACAUUGCCCCUAUGCAGACUGAUGAGCAAAUUAACAAAGAACAUUUUGUUCCUGGUCCAAAUGAAAAGCCUCUCUACACAGUAGAGCCAGUGACUUUAGAGGACUUGCAGCUUCUCGCUGACUUGUUUUACCUUCCUUAUGAACAUGGGCCCAAAGGUGCACAGAUGCUGAGAGAAUUCCAGUGGCUCAGAGCAAAUAGCAGUGUUGUCAGUGUUAAUUGCAAAGGAAAGGAUGCUGAAAAAAUAGAAGAAUGGCGUAACCGAGCAGCCAAGUUUGAAGAGAUGUGCAGCUUGGUGAUGGGGAUGUUCACUCGCCUCUCCAACUGUGCCAACAGGACAAUCCUUUAUGACAUGUACUCCUACGUCUGGGAUAUCAAGAGUAUUAUGUCAAUGGUGAAAUCUUUUGUGCAAUGGUUAGGGUGUCGUAGUCAAUCUUCAGCACAGUUCUUAAGUGGAGACCAAGAACCCUGGGCCUUUAGAGGUGGUCUAGCAGGAGAGUUCCAGCGUUUACUGCCUAUUGAUGGGGCAAAUGACCUCUUUUUUCAACCACCUCCAUUAACACCCACUUCCAAAGUGUACACCAUACGACCCUACUUUCCUAAAGAUGAGGCAUCUGUAUAUAAGAUCUGCAGAGAAAUGUAUGCUGAUGGAGCUGAUCAACCCUUCCAUAGCUUACCAGAUUUAAUUGGAGACAAGUUAGUAGGAGGUCUGCUCACCCUCAGCCUGGAUUACUGCUUCGUCUUAGAAGAUGAGGAUGGCAUAUGUGGCUAUGCUUUGGGAACAGUUGACGUGACUCCUUUCAUUAAAAAAUGCAAAAUGUCUUGGAUCCCUUUCAUGCAAGAAAAAUAUACUAAACCAAAUAGUGACAAGGAACUGUCUGAGGCAGAGAAAAUAAUGCUAAGCUUCCAUGAAGAGCAAGAAGUAUUGCCAGAAUCGUUCCUUGCCAACUUCCCAUCAUUGAUAAAGAUUGAUAUCCACAAAAAAGUGACAGAUCCGAGCGUGGCCAAAAGCAUGAUGGCCUGCUUGCUCUCUUCUCUAAAGGCUAAUGGCUCCCGUGGGGCUUUUUGUGAAGUGAGACCAGAUGAUAAAAGAAUCCUGGAAUUUUACAGCAAACUGGGUUGUUUUGAAAUUGCUAAAAUGGAAGGAUUUCCAAAGGAUGUUGUUAUCCUUGGAAGAAGCCUGUGAAGUGCUUGACAGCAAACUGUUCCAGUACUGUAGUCCCUUAACAGCUGGGCAGGUAGUGGUGGGGAUCUUCAUAUGGUCUAGCUGCACAAAGCCAGCAAUAAGCCAGCUUGGUAGAAAGGGCUAUGCGAAAAUCACCCAUCACACAUUCAGACUGUAAUUUGUUGGAAGAGGAUAAUGCUGCUGAAAACACUGUUUUAACAAAGAGAAACCUUGUCCUCUCCUGGUCCUGUGUGAAGUGCCAAGGAAUCUUGCAUGGGCUAUAGUUUCUCAGAAGAAUCCCUCUCAAUCGGUGCUGUGGUUGAUGACAGUUCUCUGCAUUCAUGUGUCAACAGAAAAGUGGUCUCUGGCAGAAGUAUCUCUAAAGAUGCAGAUUUCUUUCUCUGUCCUAGAGCAGGAUGUGCAACUGGAAGUUGCAGAAAUGGGAGGGAUUGCUUGUGUCAAUCAGCAAAUUUAAAGAUAAGUAGCUACAGUUCUAUUUUUUACUAUCUUUAUGCUUGUUGGUAAAGCAGUGACCCGUUGUCACUUCUAAUGACCAUUGGUUCAAGCUUUGUGCUUUGUUAGGGACAAACGUGCAGUGAUCUGUGGCAGAAGUCACUUAAUGACAAACUUGUAAAUUUCAGUGUAUAUAAACUUAGCUGUAUGCUGACUAAUUUUUUGUUUACCAGGUUUUGUAACUUUCUUUUGAAAAGUGAAAUGGUAUAGGUCCAACAUGGCACUUUUGAAUAACCUAAAACCACAGUGGAGAACAAAUCUGUCCUCAGCACCGGCCUUUCUUAUUGUGCCUCGUAUCCAGGGCAAGAAACUGAUCAUCUUGGGUAAGGGGAGCGGA